GCGUGCGCGUCACCGGAACCGUUCGUGCGUCGGCGGCGACCGAUGAUAUAUCGGCGCGGGUCGAUAUUUCGGCGCUCGGCAGGCGGCGGCCAUGGCGCUGAGCGGGGUGCGGGUGCUGGAGCUGGCCGGCCUGGCGCCGGCGCCGUUCUGCGGCAUGAUCCUCGCCGACUUCGGGGCCCGGGUGGUGCGGGUGGACCGGAUACCCCAGUCCGCCGUGGCCACCGACGUGCAGGCCCGCGGCAAGCGCUCCAUGUUGCUCGACCUGAAGCGACCCCUGGGCGCCGCGGUGCUGAGGCGGCUGUGCCGCGGCUCGGACGUGCUGCUCGAGCCCUUCCGCCACGGUGUCAUGGAAAAACUGGGACUUGGUCCAGAUGUCCUUCUGCAGGAGAAUCCCAGACUCAUCUAUGCUAGACUUACUGGAUUUGGCCAGUCUGGAAAAUAUGCCAAGUCUGCAGGUCAUGACAUCAAUUAUUUGGCUUUGUCAGGAGUGCUAUCUAAGCUGGGUAGAAAAGAUGAAAAUCCUUAUGCACCUGUAAAUCUUCUGGCGGAUUUUGCUGGUGGAAGUGUCAUGUGCGCAUUCGGCAUUGUUACAGCACUUUAUGAGCGUACCAGAUCUGGCAAAGGCCAGAUCAUUGAUGCAAGUAUGGUAGAAGGAGUAGCAUACCUAAGUUCUUUCCUGUGGAAAUCACAAAGUUUGGGACUUUGGAACAGACCUCGAGGUGAGAACCUGCUGGACGGUGGUGCACCUUUUUGUGAAACCUACAAGACCUCUGAUGGAAAAUUCAUGGCUGUUGGUGCCCUUGAGCCUCAAUUCUAUGAACAGUUCAUAAAGGGUCUUGGGCUAGAUUCAGAUAAGCUUCCCAGUCAGAUGAGUUUCUCUGAGUGGUCAGAAAUGAAGAAAAAAUUUGCAUCCACGUUUGCACAGAAGACACAAGCUGAGUGGUGCAGCAUAUUUGAUGGUACUGAUGCCUGUGUGACCCCUGUUUUAUCCUUUGAUGAAGUUGCCUCACAUCAGCAUAACAAACAAAGAAAUUCUUUUAUCAAAAAUGAUCAGGAAGAGAUAAGUCCUAGACCUGCUCCUCUUCUAUCAAGGACUCCUGCUGUUCCAUCAUUUAAAAGAGAUCCUUUUAUAGGAGAACAUACAGAAGAGAUACUUCUAGAAUAUGGAUUUACUAAGCAAGAGAUUGCUAAACUUUAUUCUGAUAAAAUAAUAGAAACCAGUAAACCAAAAGCUAAUUUAUAAUCUCUAACUAUGCAGAUCAGACAUAUUUCAGGCUGAUAAAUUUUUAUGCAUUAAAAUUUAAUUAUAUGACAAAUGUUUGCUUGAUACUGCUUUCAGAUAAUUUUUGUAAGUUAUUGAAGUUUUAAACUUAAAUGAAAACAGUGGAAAUUAUGUACUUGUGUACCUGGAUGACCUGCAGUCUAGAAUGAUACCAAGAUUGUGUUCUGAAGAUGUACACAGUUUGCUUAGUAAGCAGCUGUAAAUCUUCAAAAUGUUUCUUUAAAUAUCAUAUCCUCUGAAAUGUUUGUUUCUUUUGAUUCUUAAUUACAUCAUGGCUUUGUAAUAGAUGUUGUAAUUACAUGAAGGCAAUACUUUUCAUAAAAUACAGUUAUAUCGAAGGGAUUUUUUUCUCUAUCCUACCAUAUUAAUUCAUUUGCCUUAUGCCAAAAUAAUGAUCGAAAUAAUGCUGUUUUCUUAUGUGCUGCUGCAGAGUUAUUAUCAUAAAGUAAUUCUAUUUAAUAGCCUGACUACAUUUUCUUAAUUGCAGUCUCCUGAUUAUAUUACAUUUGGAAUUUCAGUUUGCCUAGAAAAUCACUUCAGAAUAAAAUUUCUUAUU